CUGGUGAUGGGCUGAAUGAGGAAAAACAAACUGAUGUUGAAUCCAGACAGAACAGAAAGAAUAUACAGCCCAGAGAGCAGCAAGAGCAGAAGCCACCGAGUCCUCUGUCCUGCAGAAGAUCUGCUUGCAAGAACAGAGCACCAGCUGAAUCCUUGUCUUACUUCGGAGCUCCUUCUCUUUUGGGCUGCCUCAGUUGCCACUGCAGCCACGAUGAGACCCUGGCAGCCCUGUACUGGCUUUUUGUGGUGUGCUGUGCUCCUCCCAACACUUGCAGGAACUACAGAGUUCAUCCGUGUUUGGCCAGAAAAAACUGUCGUGGAAUUUGGAGGCUCUGUUGUGAUAAACUGCAGCUCCAACUGUGACGGAAUCAUCCUUGAGAGCAGCUUAGACCCGGUUCCUGCAGGAAAUGGGAGCACAUGGAAAGCCUUUAAUAUCCCCAGUGUCAGUCAGUGGGCACCCACCCUAUUGUGCUAUGCUCAGUGUACAAGUAACAUAAACCCUCCACACGCAGUGAUCACGGUCUACCGAGCUCCAGAGCAUGUAGCGAUGGACCCGGUGCCAGAGAUGGAGGUGGGCAAGGCAUACACCUGGUCCUGCCGAGUUUCCAACGUCGCCCCCAUCCGGAAUCUCACCAUUACCCUGCUCAAAGCAGGGGAAAAAGUUCUGGCGAAGACAUUUGAGUCUCAUGCUGAAGCUAAAGCUGGUGAUGCUGUAUUAAGGCAUAACGUAACAGCCGAACAGGCUGACCGUGGGAAGGAACUCACCUGCCACGCAGCUCUGGAUCUGAGACCUGAUGGGCCACUCUUGGAAAAAACAUCCAGCAGUGAAGCACUAGCAGCAGUCGUUUUUUCCUCGGAUCCCCACCUGGAAGCCCCGCUUUCCAUGGAGACCAAUACCACGAUGGCUGUCCACUGCCAUGUGUCUGGAGUUUUCCCAGCUGAGGAGGCCCAGUUUGAUUUGCAGUUUGCAGGGAAGAGCUGGAACCUCAGCACAAGUGUGUCGGGGUCCAGCGUGAGCGCGCAGGCCCUGGUGUCUUCCUCGUCCACAGGAGAACACACGCUGCUCUGCACAGUCUCUCUGGGGCGAGUGAGCCGAAGGGUUGAGAAGACAGUGAAUGUGUACAACCUUCUGGAGCAGGUGAUAGCAGAACUCCAAAAGUCUUCACCAGACCAAAGCUGGGUCUAUGCCCUGAAGUGCCAUGUUAUAGGGAUGAUCUCUAGCAGAAAUCUCACUGUGACCUUGCUCAAAGGGGCGGAGAGGCUCCACCUCUGCUGUGAUCAAAUCCCUCAGUUUCUCGAUCAAAUCGCUCAUCCCUGAACCACAUCAGUUUGCCUUCUGUGUAAUGGCUGCUGGAGCAGAAAGCUCUAGAAACAUAUGCAGGUCUAAUUGUGGCUGCUGCUUCCAUAGCUGUGCUAGCUGCUGAACUUGGGGUCUUCUUCAUCUGCUCUCUGGUCUCCAGGUAGAGAUCCUCUGGAAGAACAAGACUAAGCAGAAAAAAAUA